CCUGUAUCCCCCUGUAUCAAUGCAAACAUGUAACUGAAUGCGCCCCUGUAUCUAUGAUGGGAGAGUGUGGCGUGGUACAGUUGCUUCGAAACAUCGGAGCAGUGUAGAACUAGGUACCCGGAGCUGAGUAGAAACUUGCACCCUGAGCCACACAAACCAGGUUUAAAUGAACUCUUCACAAUUUGUGACAUAACGGAACCAUAGGAGCUCAGUGUGUUCCUCCAUCAACAUGUGAGAUUUAAAGACAGUGUGAAACAGGAUUUUAAUGUGAACGAUUUUAUGUGAAAACCUGCGUUUUGCAGAGAGAGAGUAAUUAAUUUUUAUUUUGAGCUCUGAAAUCCUAACAAUGUUUAAAUCUUCGUUUGCUCGAGAAAUCAUUGAGGAAACCAAACAAAAUGCAAACCUGGACUCUAUCCUCUCCUCUGACCUCAACUCUGCAUACAAAUCAAGCUUUGCGGCCUCGACCCACUCGGCCCUGGAUAAUAUGCCGGUCAAUAUAGAGGCUGUGGAACCAAGAUUCAGCCUCCGAAACAUCAAUCUUGAGGACACGUCCGCAGAGUUGGCCACGUCUGACCUCGGGACCUCGGAUUUUAGCUCUAGCGAGCUUUGGCCUAGUUCUGACCGUCAACUGGAGGAUAUUAUCUCUGGAUAUCCAUCCUCUGCAGCCUCCAAGUUUGGAUCAAGGGUUGAGGAGAAGAGAGAAAAUAAUCCAUCUUUCCUGAAUCUUGACUCACAGAUGCCAUUUUCUUAUUUAGAACAGGUUUGCACAAACUUAGAUGUGGGACUAAUUGCUUCUGAUUGGACUCGUCUCAAGAAAAUACUUCUGGAAGGUCGGAGGAGGGGGGAGGGAGAACGUAGAAGAGGAGAUGAAUAUGUAGUUUUGGGAGAUUUUCUCUCCGAACUUCAAGCUUUAAGAAGAGGGAAAAGAGGCAGACAUUUAAACAAUUCUAGAGAAACUCCAGAG